CUCCGCUGGCCGGGAAGUGCGCUCAGCGCUGGGGGAGUCCGGCUCGCCGCCUCCCUGCGGCCAUGGCGCGCGGGGCUGGGCUCCCACUGCUGCUCUGCUGCCUGGGGCCGCUGCUGUGCGGCGCCGCCGCGCCGGGGGUGCCGCCGGGUUGGAGCUUGCCCCUGGUGGGUCAGGAUUAUCUGGAGAUCCUUUCCAGCUGGUACUGCAGCUUUGGAAAGUGCUGCGAGACAGGAGACUGCAGAAUAGCCAACAACAUCACAGGGUUAGAGUUGGACCUGAACAGGAGGCUACAUGGGCAGCACUUAGCAAAGGACGUCAUUCUGAAAGCAGUGCAAGGCUUCCUGGAGACCCCACAGCCGGAGAAGGCUCUGGCUCUGUCGUUCCACGGCUGGUCUGGCACUGGGAAAAACUUUGUGGCCCGGAUGAUCGCUGAUCACUUGUACCGAGACGGGCUGAAAAGCGAGUGUGUUAAAGUCUUUAUCUCGCUCUUUCACUUCCCACAUCCCAAAUAUGUGGACUUGUACAAGGUUCAGCUGAAGAAGCAGAUAAGCGAAACAGUGCAGCUCUGUAAACAGUCAUUGUUCAUCUUCGAUGAGGCAGAGAAGCUUCACUCUGGCCUGCUGGAUGCCAUCAAACCCUAUGUGGAUCACUAUGACAGCAUCGAUGAGGUGGAUUACAGGAGAUCCAUUUUCCUAUUCCUCAGUAACAUUGGUGGGAACAUCAUCAGCCAGGUGACCCUGGACUUCUGGCGAGCUGGACGGGCCAGGGAGGAGAUCACCAUGGAAUACUUGGAGCAGCACCUACGCCUGGAGCUGCUUGAGUCCACAGAGGGCCAAGUCACAGGAAGAGGCAGGCCACUGCAGAAGUGGAGCAGCCAACAGAUGCAGAUGCAGACCCCAGGGAAGAGAGAAUGCUGCCACGCCAUGCCCAGCCACAAGGAGGCAUCAAGAGGAACAACUUCAGUGUGGCCUAGCACAAACCGAGAUACAGGAGGCCAAGUGCACAUUCAGUGCCACUCUACAUAUGGGGUAAUUAGUACCAAAGUUCUAAUAAUCCAAUGGAAUAUGCAUAAGAGAGCAAUCUCACAGUGCUGCAUGGGUGCAGAGUGGAAGAAGAGAUGUUUUGAACCCUAAGAAUUUGAUCUUUUUCUCACCCUCAAACUCAUGAGGCCAAUUAGAAUUCCCACUAAAGCUGGUCAUUACCAGGUAAGAAUCAGCUGGGUGGGUCUACAAGUUGGAAUGUCACUAAGUAUGUGAAAACUCCCAUGUAUGACAGCUUGGUAAACUAUCAAUACCAUGCAGCCUGCUUGUAGAUCAGGACUCAUUCACACACAUUCCUUUGACAACUUGCACAUUUAUUGCAGCUGUGUGCAAAACAUGUAUUGGUGGUAGAGGGAAACAUGAUAUUAGUGUCAAUUCUUUAAAUAGGUCUCACCUCCUUUGUAGCUCCCUUUUACAGCUAAUCAUUCUGGCUCUCUCACACUGACAAACAGCAUACUCCCACAUGAUGGAUCAGAAGAGGUACUCCAAAAGCACUGAUAUAUAUCUUGAACACAAGUCUCUUUACAUUGUGCUCUCCUCUGGCUACCAGACAGGGCUGGGCAGAGACAUCUUCUAUGUCUACUUGAUGAUGGGUGCAGAGUGAUUGACGUUACUGGAGUUCUUCACAUUCCCAGCAUUAUUUCCUUUUGCCCUACUCUUAGCUGACAGCUUGGCUCCCAAAAGUAGUGACAGUCCAGGUGCAGCAGCAGAUGGGACUAUACACUAGUGAAGAUUUGGGAUCUAAUGUCUAUAGAGAAUCUUUCCACAUACAGAAUUAACAGCUAUGCUGACUAUGUAGCAGUAAUCACCCUACCAUACACAUUCCAGUGGGAAAACUUGGGUAUGGCCAAGCUGCAAAGCCUGCAUAUUUCUUCCACUCACAUGUUGCUUCAAUAUGGGCUUAUCUCUUCAUUUUGCCUCCCCACUGCAGUUAUCUAAUUGUUAUAUUUGAAUCUAGAGGACAACACACUAAUAUUUAUUUGGUGAUAUGCAUAUUAGUCCUUUCCCACAGCAGUAGAGAUUUGGUUGCUUUGUAUUGUUAUUAGUUACAGAUAUAUUUAAUCUAUUCAGUAGGGCUUUUUUCAAUAAAUGUCUUUCUGUUCACAUAAGUAACUGGGCAAAGACUAUAAAUGACAGUGUCAUGUGUGAAUGAGAGUAUCAUAUUUGCUUUUAGAUAUGACAUCAUCUCCCUCAGUGCAGUGAUAACUGUAUUACUUUAACGGUCUCUGUAUUUUUGGCUAUUGCACUAAUAAAAAAAACCUUCAGUCCAGGUAAGUAACAUUUUGUAAGGCUGAUCUGACAGACCGAAAAAGUAGUCUGUCCAUUAACAUGGCUGUGGUCAAGGUGUAAUUUGACUGGAUGCUAAAGAUGUAGAGUUGUAUAAUGCAUGGUCAGGUUUCACUAGCGUGUGCGUGUGUGUAUGUGUGUGCGCGCACAGAACAGAAAACUCCAACUUCGGAAUGUAUGUUGUCAAAUGUAUCUUAUAUGGCUAAAGCACUUGGACUUCAGCCUAGUGCCCCAAGAGUACGCAUACCACAAAGGUGAGGACACUAACCCAGAGAGGCCUAAACGUCAUCCUUAGGUCAAAUGCAACUCAGAGUACCACAGCAUAAACCAAUGCGGUCUAAAUAUAGGCACCAUCCAAAGAAGCGGACAGAUCUGAGUAUGCAGUUUGAUCCAAGCACCCAGGUAGCAUUGCCUGGUGGACUCUGUCAAUAGAUGUCACAACUCUCUAUUAAGUAUUGGAUUAAAAUUUGGGGCAUCCCGUAGCUCCAGGCAAGUUGUCAAAAUGGCCUUCAAUUAGGCCAAGUUUGAAUGCCGCUGCCACUGGUGUGCACUUUGGCGCGUACUGUUAGCGUAAACCCAGACUAGACCCCGACUUUGCAAGAACAGUGCAUAGACUAAAGCAGGUCAAUAAUAUGACAGCUGUCACUAUU